AUGUUGGACGAAAAUCUGUACCCAUUGGUGGAACAACUAGAGCCUGACACGGCAGCUAAGGUGACGGGCAAGCUUCUGGAAAUGGACCAGGCGAAAGUUUUACACUUGCUAGAAUCACCAGAUGCUUUAAAAGCUAAGGUUGCAGAGGCUAUGGAGGUUCUGAGGAACGUGUAUCAGCAGCAAGCUAGCAACCCGGCUGAACAAUUGGCUUAUUUGCCUUCCGUGCCGUCGACAGACUCCGGGCUUGAUGGUCAGACCUCUUGUGACUUAAGGAAGGUGCUGGGGAAGAUGCUGUUGUCCGCAGUUGUAUCGCAGGCUGCAAAGAUGGGGUACGGGAGAGUGGAAUGGGUGGUGCUGGAUUGGAAUGUGAAUGCCAUUAAGUUUUACGAGCAGAUGGGAGCCCAGAUAUUCCCAGAUUGGAGAAUUUGGCGACUCACUGGUGAUGCCCUUCAGGCUUAUGCUAAUAUUAACUUUUGA